AAUUAUGAAAUUAGUGGUCCCUGAGGUCCAAAAGAUUGGCGACCCCUGAUCUAGUCCAUCAGCAAACACAGUCGCUCGGAUUCUCUCGCACUCCAGAGAAAUAGAGCGCGCAACCCUUGGGCGCCAGGCUGUCCUAUCUCUUUAAGAGAGCGUUUCUAUACGCGUAGCUCCCAGCCCAGCCCACCCGAGGCGGAAAAGCGAAGUGAACCUUCUGUGUUUCUGAUGCUGGAGGAUCCUGUUAAAAAAACCGACAACUUUAUAGCCUUGCUUCAGUCUGCGAGGACCGUCGCGCUUGCAGGACAGCUGGCCACAAAGCAGGAGCGGCCAUGGAGGAAGGCGGCAACAUGUACGAAGAGCCGCGGGAGGGCGGGGGACCUCCUGAAGGACGUGAAAUUGAUGACGUGAUGAAUGGACCUGUCCGGAAUGGGGCAGAUGUACAGCUGGAGGAUUUUGUGGGGGCUCAUGCAGAAUACAAUGAAGAAGAAGAAGAGCGAAAGUAUUUCCGCCGUAAGCGUCUUGGAGUUGUCAAGAACCUUUUGGCAGCCAGCAUAGCAGGAAUGCUGACCUAUGGGGUUUUUCUAGGUCUGCUUCAGAUGCAGCUCAUCUUGCAUUAUGAUGAGACCUACCGGGAGGUGAAAUAUAGCAACCUUGGGCUACAGAAUAUUGAUAGCAAAAUGCUGUUGGGCAUCAGCCUUACACCCCUUGCCGCAUUUCUCUAUACUCCAAUAUUUAUCAGAUUUUUUGGCACUAAGUGGAUGCUGUUCUUGGCAGUGGGCAUCUACGCACUCUUUGUCUCCACUAACUACUGGGAGCGCUACUAUACUUUGGUACCAUCUGCGGUGGCAAUUGGGGCUGCCAUUGUACCUCUUUGGGCAUCUCUGGGCAACUACAUUCUCAGGAUGGCACAGAAAUACUAUGAAUAUGUGAACUACAAGCUGGAACAUGUCCAGGAACAGAAACGAGCACCACGUGGUGCCUACAAUUCCUACAUCAUUAUCUUUGAGGCUGUCUUCUAUGGCUUCUUCUUUUUGAGUUUUGUCUGUGCCCAGUUUCCUAUGUUUUUCUUCUUGAAGAACUAUCUCUUCGAGCUAAACCACACACUUUCCGAAGUCAAGACUUGUGGGACUGCAAGCCAUGGGAUCCUUGUUGGGUUCAACACCACAGUUCUCCAGAAAUUGCCUCGCAGCAGUGAGCUCAUCAUAGUGGAGAGUGUGCUGAUGGCAGUAGCCUUCCUCUCCAUGCUUAUGGUGUUAUUUCUUUGUGGCUCUGCUUAUCGCCCCACAGAGGAGAUUGACCUGCGUAACAUUGGAUGGGGCAACAUCUUCCAGCUGCCUUUUAAGCACAUGCGAGAUUAUCGUCUGCGCUGCCUCCUCCUCUUCUUCAUCUACAGUGGCUUUGAAGUGCUCUUCCUUUGCACUGGCUUUACUUUGAACUAUGGCGUCUGUUCUAUCGGCCUGGAACACAUGGCUUAUAUUCUCACUGCUUAUGGAAUCUCAUCUGCUGUAGGCUCUACUCUGGUACUAACUAUGCUGAGGCUGCCACGUCAAGUUCCCCUCCUUACUGGAGCUUCUAUUCACACCAUCAUCUUGAUUGCCCUCUUUUGCUGGGAGCCUAAAGCCAAAAAUUUAGCUGAAGCACCCAUAAUCUACCUGGUUGCUGCUUUCUGGGGCCUUGGCAGUUCCCUCAACAAGACAGGGCUCAGCACACUUCUGGGGAUGCUCUACGAAGACAAAGAACGACAGGACUUCAUCUUCACCAUCUAUCAUUGGUGGCAAGCCUGUGCCAUGUUUGUUGUUUAUUGCUGGACUGGAAUGCCCAUGAAGGCUAAAUUAUCCAUCUUGCUUGUUACUUUGGUUGCUGCUGUGUUCUCCUAUGUAUGGAUGGAACGUAAGAUAGCCCAGAGUGUUCCCCAUCGUCUCCCUAAGAUUCCCAAGCCUCGCCACAAAGUGCGAGGUUACCGCUACCUGGAGGAAGACAACUCUGAUGCAUCUGAUUCGGAGGAAGAAGAAAAAGAGGGUGAGCAGAGGGAGGCGGAGGCAGAAGCCAAUGAACCUGAUGGCCCACCACACUGCCCUCGGCGGAGGAGACAACAUAACUAUGGGGAGCCCUUUGAGGAAGACGUUGUGGAUAUCAGGGGGUAGUUCCUGCUUUGCUUUCACUGUAACCCUUACAAUAUGGGCCAAAGACUAUGAAUCUCAAGUGCCUUAGAUUUCAACUUCCCACUACAUCACUAACAUUUUCUUCUUGGGAUUGGUCCUGUAAUGUUUUAAAUUGGUCUUGGAAGGACUAUGUGAAUUAUGUGCUUGGAUUGCUUUCACGUUUAGUAAAUCUGGGUCCGUGUUUUAGUCUGAAGAACGGAUCAUUUAAGUGCUUCUGAGCUUGGUUGUUUCCUCACAGAUAUUUCAUUAUCUAAACUAGGUAACAUGAUCAGUGUGGGAGUGAGAUUUGCUCUCAUUUUAUAUUCUAAUGGCUUUGCCCUGUCACUAUUGGUGGGAGUGGAGUUUGCUGGGUCAUUUAAAAUAGGUAAUUUGUAAUAAGUCAAUUUUUUGGACUUCCUCCUGCUUUGUCCUUACUCUCUAACAAUGGGAAUUACUAGGUACUCAAAGACAAAUUCCCUUGAAACAGCCUUAAUGAUUUUGAAAGAUGGGUACUUUCAAAAGUUAUUUAUGAUAUACUUGGGAAGCAGGGAAGGAAGGAGGGGUAUACUGAUACCUAGCGGUACUUAUAACACUUUGAAAGCAAAAAAAGGGAGAGGGAUAUACUGACCUCCCUUAUAAUUUAAAUAUACAAUGAUAUAUACAAAAAUAUAUUAAAUCCAUUUCUAAGGUGACCAUGUCCAUAAGUACAAUAAAUAACAAGAUAGAAAUGUCAAGUAAACCAUUUAAUAUUUACAUUUAAUCCUGGCAAUUUAGUACUAUCGUCGAUAUUGUAGAUGGUCACAUGACCGCACACCUUAGCAACAGUAGCUCUGGUAGUCCUGGUUACAGUCAUAGGCAAACACCUCACGCUAUUCCUGAUCUGCUCUGGUCAUCUGAUUUCAACUUCCCCCCACCCACUACCUCUUCCCCAUCCCUAUCAGCCCCAGCUGACUUUGACCGUUUUCCUCCUGCUCCUGAUGAGGCAGUUGCUGGCCCUUUGCAAGGCCUUUGUGAGUCCUCGGCAAUGGUUUGCAUGGCAUCAGGGAGGCUUGCACAGUCUUGUGGAGGUCCAGUACCUGCUUUGGCUACGCAUACUUUAUCAGCAAGAGGAAGAAGGCAUCAAAAAUCAGCUGGGAUAGUGGGGAGAUGGCAGGGUAUUUAAAAAGGCCAGAGAUUGGAAGGGAAUAGACCAGUGAUGGCAAACCUUUUUUGUUGUGGUGUGCCAAAAGCGCGCGCAUGCUGGCACCCACAAUGCAAUGUGCCC